AUGGAGGAUUCCAUGUUCAUAUCACAGAGCAAAUAUGCCAAGGGCUUGGUCAAGAAGUUUGGUUUAGAGAAGUCAAGUCACAAAAAAACUCUAGCUGCAACUCAUGUUAAAUUAACCAAGGAUGGGCAGGGAGAAGAUGUUGAUCAAAGUCUCUACAGAAGCAUGAUAGGAAGCUUGUUGUAUCUUACUACUAGUAGACCUGAUAUCACUUUUGCUGUUGGUGUGUGUGCUAGAUACCAAUCUGCUCCUAAAGCAAGUCAUCUACUGCAAGUAAAGAGAAUCAUCAAGUACAUUAAUUCUACAAGUGAUUAUGGUAUUCUCUAUACUCAUGAUACAAACUCUUCUUUAGUUGGAUAUUGUGAUGUAGAUUGGGCAGGUGAUGUGAUUGAACAGAAGUGUCCACAAUUGAACGAGAUGCCAGGUAAAAACAACAUGAACAGGGUGGAGAAUGUCAUUGCUAACUUGACUGCCCUAAUGGCACAACAAGUUACCAACACUACUACGAGGGACUAA